CCUUUUCAGCGAAAUUUACAUUUCUACACCGGCGCUCGAAUUAAUGGCUAAAAGUACGUGAAACUGGUAGAAUUCUCCACAGGAAUUUAAGCAGAGAGAUGCAAUCUAAGGAUAUAGUUAGUACGCUAAAGAAAUUCGAUGCAUACCCGAAGACGCUCGAAGAUUUUCGAGUGAAAACUUUCGGUGGAGCGGCAGUGACAUUGGUUAGCGGAUUGUUGAUGUUCCUUUUAUUUGUAUCAGAAUUGAGUUUUUACUUAACAACAGAGGUUACACCAGAACUUUAUGUUGAUACUGCCAGAGGAGAAAAGCUUAGAAUUAAUGUAGAUAUCAUUUUCUCAAAAUUACCCUGUGUUUAUUUAAGUAUCGAUGCUAUGGAUGUAUCUGGUGAACAACAGUCCUAUCUUGGUGAUAAAAGCCACGAGGCUAAAGAAUUACUUGAGCUUGAUCCCAAUAGGUGUGAAUCUUGUUAUGGUGCUGAGACAGUUGGAAAAACUUGUUGCAAUACAUGUGAAGAUGUAAGGGAAGCCUACAGAAGGAAAGGAUGGGCCCUAUCAGAAAUAGACAACAUCAAACAGUGUCUUAGAGAAGGUUGGAAAGACAAACUUCAAGAGCAGAAGAAUGAAGGCUGUUUAGUAACAGGCCAUCUGGAAGUUAACAAGGUGGCUGGGAACUUUCACUUUGCCCCAGGAAAAAGUUUUCAACAGCACCAUGUUCAUGUGCAUGAUUUACAGCCAUUUGGAUCCACUCAGUUUAACCUGUCUCAUCAUAUUCGCCACCUUUCAUUUGGCCAUGAAUACCCUGGAAUAAAACAUCCCUUAGAUGAUACGUAUAUUUCUGCAGAAGAUGCAGGAAGUAUGUACCAAUACUUUGUGAAGAUUGUCCCAACCACCUACCGGAAGUUAAAUGGCGAGGUUGUAAAAACUAACCAGUUCUCGGUCACCAAGCACAAGAGAGUGAUAAGACAGGUGUCUGGUGAACAUGGUCUUCCAGGUGUUUUUGUUUUAUAUGAAUUCUCUCCGAUGGUGGUACAGUACACAGAGAGCAGAAGAUCUUUUAUGCAUUUUCUUACCGGAGUCUGUGCUAUCGUUGGUGGUAUUUUCACAGUUGCUGGACUCGUAGACUCUAUGAUUUACCAUUCAGCGCGAGCAUUGCAAAAGAAAAUUGACCUGGGAAAAGCAAGCUAACGUAUUUUGAAGAAUGGUUGUUACGUGACCGGACCCGAUGCAGCAGUGUUGCGUCACUGAAUACCAGUAGACUUGGCGUGAUAUAACGGCGAGCGGUACAAACUGUCCUCGGCUACCCAGAACAUUUUGGAAAUUUCAAGGCAGUAGAAUUAGAAAAUAUAUGUACGGACAAGUUUUAUAUGGAUAUACAUGUAUAGUAAUUUUCAACACUGGUGUAGUUUUUUUACCCUUAAAACUCCCAAAAGAUAUGAACAUGUUACGUCUCCCUAUAAUAUCCAUUCGCUAUCUACCGAACAGGCCGUGAAAAUACUUAUCAGGUAGAAGUUGGUAUCUUGAUCUAAUACUUAAUUCUCGCAAUCAACUUAUAAGGAAAUGUGUAGCGACUAGAGGGGAGAAUUUACAAGCAGAUCUUGGGAGUUCAAGGAUCUUAAACGAAAACAUCUCGCUUUUGAAUCAGACCGUGUCAGUGACUCGCAUGCCACCUUUAAAAGCAACUAUACUUAAUUUAUGUAGCUGUAUUACUUUUCUUAUUCUCGGGGUGUUAGUCAGGGACUAACAACGAAAUACCAUUUGGAUGUCCGUGACUUAACGUUUCAUUGGCUUUCUUGGGGACAUUCUCACUAAGGACUAUGAAAAUAUUAUUGAAUGUGUCAAUUGUAAUUGAUGUAAAUCGUUGGUGGCCAAUGUGGUUGUUGGUUUCUUUGACGCGUGAUGAAGACAUUAAAAAAUUAAACAAAAUUUACGAUGACUUAAUUGGAUACAAUUGACAUGAUCAUUUUUUGUGUGUACUGAUAUUUUAAAUCUUGCAAUUACCAAGAUGUGUAGUCUAAUAGUCCAAAAUUACACACACAAAAAAAAAAGCCUGAAAAAUUCGGUGUUGCCCCGGCGUGAAAAACUAAAACUUGUAAUUGAGUGAUUAUUAUCCCUUUGCCGUAAAAAAUUAAAGGGUGUGUUUUAAACAUUA